CAAUAUUCAAGUCAACAAGAAUAAUAUCAGCUAUAAAUUAGGUCAAUUCAAGUAGUAAACAAUAUAUGUCAGAAUGGUUGUUUCAAUCAUUUCGAAACAAUCUACUUGCACUAACACAGUAAUCAUGCCUGCGCGUGCUGGUGGUAAUCCUAGUCAAUUGAAUACGAGUAUCCACGCGACUCGAGCACCAGCGGAUCCAGCAAUAAAAUCGAUAUCUAAACUGGAAUUUGGAAAGAUUUGGGUGAAUGGAUUGGGUGUUAUUAAACCCAAUGGAGAACAAAAAACAUCGGCGGAAAAAGGUCCGAUUGUCCCUAUCUUUUGCACAUUUUUCAAGUUCAAAACCGACUCGUUUCAUUGUUACGCAUUGGAAAGUAUUGGAGAAGACAUGAAAGAGGGUGCGAGACUGGCUUAUGACGCUGUUACAUUUAAUCUCUGUUCAAUGGGAGUAUCGCAACAUCCAAGAGAGGUCCGUGUUCAAUAUUAUGCCGAGUCUCACUUAGACAGAAAAUCUGCUAUUUUGACGACUGCACUUGGGCUGAUGGCUGCAUUCACAGGCAUGAUCAUUCCAGAUUACAUUGCGGCCACUGGAAAACUCGAUUUACCUGGAAAUGUAGGUGAUAUUGAACUCAAAAUUGAUGCUGCGAUCCAGAAUAAGAAGACUAUAGUAAUUGUGCCAAAGGAUAAUUUUGAAUCGAUUUCCAAGGAUAUGAAAGCACAGAUCAAUGGUGUACCGGUGUCGCAUUUGCUAGAAGCUUUCCAAGUGGUGUCACAACAAGGAAAAAAAAAGAUAAUUGUCAAUUGUUCCCACUCUUUUUUUGCCAAAAUGUCUAGAAUUUCUUUGUAUUGUGCAAUUGAAAUUGAUCAAAAAUAA